GUGGCUAGCUUCGCUUAGCUAGCUGUCACGCGUUGUGUUACUGGAUACAAUGUCUACUGAAGGAUCAGGAUCCUUGCAAAGCAAGCUGCAGGAUGUUUUCGAGUGUGUGAAGCUGUUUGAAGUGGAGGGAGGCUCUGUACCUGCUGGAGGGGACUCGCCCACUCAUGAACUUGAUACUCCAGUGUCCGGAUCCAUCUCUAUAGAGCUGUGCAGCUGGAGGGAGGCCGGGACAGUGACGUCUCUAGCCCUAGUAUGCAAUAACGGAUACCUUGUAUUCCGAAUCACUCUCAAUGGGGGAACUCCCCUCGUUAAGCAGCUGAAAUGGUUUGAGAAUCGACAGAAGCAUAUUCUUGGUGUGACCUUUGACCCCCACGGGGAGUGGCUUGCUUGUGCUUGUCUGGACGGCAGCCUUUGUUUGAUACCUGUCUACAGUUUGCUCACUGGAGGCUCUCCUCACAAGAGCUAUGGUCCACUGAACGACCUCACGACAAUACAACCUUCUAAGAAGACAGCCUCCCCUACGAGUUUGGUGUGGUGGGAAACAAUGGAUGACCAGCAAAUGGUCAUCAUGGGGUCAGAGGUUGGAGAAAUAACGUUCUUCGAUAUCCUUCGUUUUGAGGUAGCCGUCAGUGUGUACGUGAGUGGGUGUAUUGAUCACCUGCUCCUGGCCCAGAGACCAGGCACCUCCACCCACCUACUGAUUGGUCUUCGUGGAGGAAGUUGGCGUCGGAUGUUACUGGAGGAACAUUUCCACGAGGUUGAGGGCAUGUCGUACACUGAUGCACAUGAGAGUGGUUACGAGGUAGUGCCUGACGACAUGGUCAUCAAGAACUAUCUGACUAAGGGCAGCGGUGAUGAGAGAUUUGAAAUGAGGCCAUUUCUAUCGUUCUCUGAGCUGACGGAGAUCUCUAUUCAUGAUUGGCCCAACCACCAUCUUCUCAGUGCACUUAACCUCAGGAAUCACAAGGCAGAGGUGUACAGCUAUGAUUUUGACUCACAGUCCCCUCCAGUGAAGGCGUAUCAGCUGGUGCCCGGGGCAACGGGCAUACUCCUCACUGAUAGUAUAAUCUUUGUCAUCAGUCACGACGACGAUGUCGACCCUCUGGCCUUCACUCUGACAGUCAUGUCCAGUGGAAGAGCUGGAGUCACUGUUACUGAAGUAAGCGACGAAGCCACCCUCCACAGCUCUGCCGUGCUGCAACAGUUCACCAUACCCUCCACCAACAACCUCAUCGGUUUCUACAGCACCCUAUCAUAUGACAUACCCAACGAGUCACAUGACUACUCACUCACCACCUUUGGAUCACUUGAUCACUCUAUGAUGUCACGCGAUACGACUAGGUCACAUGAUUCAUUGCCGACAUCUAACCUGGGUGGAUGUGUGCUUGUCACGUCCACAUGUGUGUACCAGUGUCGCCAGAAGAGAUCCCCUGAAGCACUGUUCAACGAAUUGGCCCUCAAUCCAAAGACUCAAGAGAAAGCAGAAGAGUUCGGAAUCACCUACAAACUAGACAUUUGCGGACUCUACAAGAUUGUCGCCAAGAAGAAGCUCGCUGAGGGACUGUACAGUCAGGCCCUCAAGCUGUACGAGCAUUCUAGAUGCCCUCCGUGGGACGUCAUCCGCUCCUUCUCUGAUGCCAAGAGAGUGCCUGAGUUGGUCCAGUACCUCUACCAGCUGGUGUACAACGACACUGGCCGCGCCUCCAUCACACACCCAAAACAAGUCGAGGAUCUACUGUUGCUCUGUUUUGCACACGAGUGUCUUCGUUACCACGGGAAACCAGAGGGGGCCGUGAUGAUGGACAAAUUUACGCAAUUCAUCAACGACAAGUUCCAGUACAGUCAGAGCGUUGCCAUGGAAAUUCUUGUACAAAGCGGUCUCAAAGAGCAGCUGUUUGAAUUGGCAAAAACUCAUCGUAAAUUAUCCGAGGUACUGGAGUGUUUAGUGUCCCACGGCAGUGUUCAUAUUGACCCCAGUGUCCUCUCCUCCCUCGCUAGUAGGCAGCACGUCGAGACUCUCGGACUAGCCAGCAAUGGUUUGUUUCUCUACCAGAUGUCUCCGUCAACGUUUGUUAGGCUACUCAACUCAAAGCCCGCCAUCCUCCCCACCCACAUCCCUCACCUACACACACUUCUCCCACACAUGAACGUCCCGACGCUGCUGAGGCUGGCUAAACUUCUCGAUCCCUCUCAAUCCACCAUUAGACCUCUUCUUAUUAAAGCCCACUCUCAUCGGAAACGGAGCAACUCAACGGGGUCACUGUUGUCGAUGGUGUCGAGUGCUAGUGACUCCGCCCACUCUGAGGACCCAGGCCCCUCCCUCGAGACGUACCUUGAGCUAUUCCUCACCGUGCUAGUCAUCCUAAACCAUCGCCGACGCCAGAAGCCAGCUGGAUCUAACCCACUCCUCUCAGUUUCUCCCUUGAGGAGUGCAGUUUCUGGUAACAUCGUCGACCAUAUCGCAGCAGAGAGCACAGAAGCGUACACGGAUGGUUCACAAUGGCUGCAGGCCAGCACACUGUCAGCUGGACUGCAUCAUGCCGCAGUGGUUACCGGUGGUAACCUGUUCACAUGGGGCUCUACAAAAAACGGAAAACUUGGUCAUGGUGAGAUUGAGGAGGAAGGACGUGCCACACCCCUUAGAGUAGAGACACUGAGCAUGCUCAGUAUACACGUCGUCUCCGUGUCAUGUGGGGCGGAGCAUACCGUCGCACUCUGUCAGGAAGGGGUGUUCUCCUGGGGCUCCUCCUCUCACGGCCAGCUUGGUCAUGGCGAUGAGCUGAAGAAGACACGACCUGUUCAGAUAGCGUCCCUCGCUGACAAGAGCAUCAUAUCGGUGUCAUGUGGGCAGUACCAUACACUUACCCUCGACGAUGACCACAGGGUCUGGAGUUGGGGUUGGGGUGUGCACGGUCAGCUGGGUCUCAAGACGGUGGACGACAAGCUCCUCCCCUCUCAUGUGAUAUCAUUGGACAGACUCCAGGUGUCCUUCAUCGCCGCUGGUUACGGGCACAGUGCCGUGCUCACUUCACACGGACAAGUACUCACUUUUGGAAACGGAAUGUACGGACAACUGGGACACGGGGACAAGGAGAAACAAGUCACGCCAAAAAUUGUCGAGGCGCUUAGUGACAAAUCGGUCUAUCUCUUAGCCUGUGGAAACUUCCAUACGGUAGCCGUGACGACAGGGCAAGGCAUUUACUCAUGGGGAAAGAAUAUGUACAAACCAGUAAGACAGCCGACAGCGACAGUGCAGGGAAUGAAAGAGUACAAAAGGUCAAGAGAGCGUCAACAAUCCUCACCCGUCGAUACAGUUAAUGUACAGCUGCCCCAGCUCGUGACCCUUGACCCCCCUCUUGAGGAUACUAUCAUUCAGAUGAGUUGUGGCAGCUUCCACAGUUUAUUGCUGACGUCAGCAGGAGGUGUGCAUUCGUGGGGGAGCAACCAGCACGGCCAGCUGGGACACACCCACAUGGCCGAACUGGCACAGCCGAAGAAGAUCUCAGGUUUUGACGCUCAAAAGGUCAUCACCAUAGCAGCAGGGGACGAGUUCUCGUUAGUGAUUGAUGAGAAUGGUCAAGUGUGGACGUGGGGACGAGGGGAUCGUGGCCAGCUGGGACUACAGUCGGACCCACCCCCUCUCGGAGAACCACGGGAACGAUCCAAUCAGAUUAGGCCUAUAUUUAAGCCACGCCCCCUUAGCGGUAUUCCCAUGACAACGUCAAGGUCUAGAAAACGGGGGGUCAGCGAGGGAGACAAUGCCACCUCUUCAGACUUGCCUGUACUGGAACUGGACUUGGGAUGGGAAUUACCUGACUUUUCAGCCAUUGGCUCUCCCAACUCCCACUACGGACGUCUCUCACUCAACUCGGCCCUCGACGCUCUCCACGGGUUCUUUCGUAUGAGUGCAUUGCUAUGGCAAUGUCAGGACUGGCAGGACUGGGAGAGUCUGGCAAAGCUGUACGAUAUUGAGCAUCAAUGGCCCCAGGCUGUCAGCUGCUCCCUCAACGUGCUCGUACAGACCAAGAACCAGGAGAAUGUCAAGAGAAGGGCACCGUCACUGGUGGAGCACUACAUACAGAAGUUUUUGCUAGAGGAAAGGGAUCCAUUAUCCCUAGAGUUCAUUCAAGAUGGACUCAUCUUCCUACAAAAUCUGCUGUCCAGUUGGAAGAAGCUCUGUUUGGAGAACAGCUUACUUGAGCACAUUCUGAGGAAACAUGUCACCUCUCUGUCUUACUCCCUCAGCCUUAUUCUGAGGAGCACUGAGUACAACGUCCUCUCACUCGACUUCCAUCUCUUUGUUGCCUCUCACCUCGUGUCCUCCGUCUCCAAGGGCAACCCCUCACCCGAGACAAUACUAAGCUCUUCGUCUACAACUGAAAAUGACGCAAAACCGAAACAACUGGUGAUUGAAACGUCCAUUGGAGACUGUCGCCUAUGGGUAGAAGUGUUGCGAAAUCUUGCCAAAGAUUUGUCUAAAAACAGCUCCAUUGUGCUGACCGAGAACACUCUUAAUGGCGUCAUAAAGAUGAGGCAAAGAAAGCUCAGUUCUACUACCAACAGUAUUGACAAUGAACAACAACACUUGAUUAUUGCUUUCACUUGCGGCCAUACGUUUCCACUGUCGCGAUUUCAAAGUAAGAUAGUACCAGAGUUUGUCGAUCGUGUGCAAGAGUUCCCCCUUUCCACUCCCGUCACUCUGAAAUACUUACAGCUGCACUACAAGAUGUCAGGACACGUACCGAGCUCCUGUCCCCACUGUGUGUUCCAAUACCUCCGGAAGAUUCAACUGAAGGAGUGUCCCAACGUUCCAAUUAAGCCAUGGAACCCUGUGUAACUAUAAAACCUAACUGUACUAUAAUUUUACCUAACUUUAAAAAAAUGUUUUAUAUCUUAAACUUCCAUUUGAACACAUUAAUUUUUGACAAUAAAUUAUUGUUUACAUACGUAUGUCCAUGUGCAUUAAUAAAUAAAUUAAAUAGUGAUCGAA